AUGUGUAUGAUUAGGUCCUUGCUUGAGAAGACACCUUAUGAGCUGCUGAAUGGAAAGAAACCCAAGCUAACUUACCUUAAGGCAUUUGAAUGCAAAUGCUUUAUUCUCAACAAUGGUAAGGAGGCCUUAGGAAAGUUGGAUGCUAAAAGGGAUGAAGAAAUCUUUCUCAGGUACUCUUCUCACAGCAAGGCAUACAAAGUCUUCAACAAAAGAACUCAAAUUGUGGAAGAAAGUGUGUAUGUGAUCUUUGAUGAGACAGAUGUGCUGGGAAGCAAAGGGACACAAAGUGGUGAAGCAGAAGAUGGAGACCUCUCAAUUCUUAAUGAGGUCCUAGAAUCACAAAGGGAAAAGCUGAAAUGA